AUGCUCGCCAAAUACUCGAUUCAAAACUAUGAUAAAGCGACGGCGACCUACUCGAAAAUUCGCACCGGCAUUCUAUAUUUAACGCCCGGCGAUAACAAAUGCAGAUUUUAUUGCAAAGGUCCGAGAUGUCGAUUUUGUGUGGUGCCGUCGAGAAGUCAAACAGUUCAAGCGAUUCAAGGGCUCUAUUCGACAUGGGUCACUGACAAUAUUCUGGCGAUGGCUCGACUCCAACCGCGUCAUUUCGAUGAAUUCUCAAUCAUCGAGCAAUUCAUUAAAAACGACAUCAAAUCGGUGUUCAAUUUGCAACAAUUCGGCGAGCACGCGUUUUGCGGUUCGGGAAAUCUGACGAGCGGCUUCAGCUACGAUCCGGAGGCGUUGAUGCGAAGCGGAAUUUACUAUUACAAUUUCCCAUUGCCGGAUUUCGAAGCGUGCAGCGUCGAUCGUUUAUUGGACAUUGUGAAAGUUGUCGAUUUCGCCGUGUCGAUGGGCAAAGUUGCGAUUCAUUGUCAUGCCGGUCACGGACGCACCGGAAUGGUUAUUGCCGCGUGGCUAAUGUACUCGGGCGGUGUGUCGCCGGCGAGAGCCGUCGGUCUCGUUCGAAGUCGAAGAGAAGCCGCUGUUCAAAGUAGGGACCAAGUCGAAACUUUGCACAAAUUUAUGUUAUUAAUGCAAAAUGACGGUGGAAUGAUAAUUGAUUCGAAAAAAUACGAGCUCAUCACUCAAUAUGUCGCUUACAAUCAGAAAUUUAUCAGUAAAGCAGAAGCAAGAUAUUAUGGAAACGUGCCAAAGAUAGUGUACGUCACAAUGAAUAUUAUUUUGAAUAAGUUUUAUGAUAGAGUUUCGAUUGAUUUCCAAAAAGUCGCCGACACGACGUCGAGGUUUUUUGUCAAAUGCGAGCGGCCAAAAAAGGCGAAUAGUCUAUUAGAUGAACAAUUGCUCAAAGUGCAACUAAUUGAUGAUAAUUUGUCGAAUGUGAAGGAAUGGUACCAAAAGCUUGUCGAUCAAGGCCUCACGAUUGCCACGAUGAAGGGUUUUCUAGAGGCCGAAGAUUUUCGCGAUUUGUUUCGAUUUCUCGAUUAUUUCUUUCAAACAUCAUUCCAUCAAUUGUCGUUUCGAAGCGAGAUGGACUCGAUUUUGCGCGAUGAGCCGCAACGCGAGCGUGCGAGAGAUUUCGCGCCGACGUUCUGGUUGCUUGUCCGAUGCGCUUCGGCGAUGCCGACGAAACUGCAAUCGCCAAUGUCGAUAUUAAUAUCACGGUUUGUUAAUUGA